UAAUUUCGUUUCAUUUGCCCACGAUCAAAUAUUUUUUGCAAUUUUGCAUUCUGAUAACAUGCGAUUCAGUAAAAAUCACAUUCUUAAGUGGUCUAAUACCUUUUGAUGUAAAGAAGUGCCACUAGUUUAACGGAUAACAUUUGUGUUUUGUUGUUUGUUUUUCUUUGGUAACCGUACAACGAUACGCCGACAGUCCGUCAUAUCGUGUCAAUUUAUGGUUAUAAUAGUUUCGUAGUUACUUGAAGAUAACGAAAUCGUGUUUAGAAACGCUAAAGCUAUUUGUAGACAUGUAUUGGAUAAAAAGUUCAGCUAUAAUGUUUCGUAUUGUACACCUAUAUCUAUAAACUUUCGUUGUUCAUAUUACAGUAACAAAAUGUUGGACAAGCAUCUCGAAAUUUUAGAGGACACUACAUUUACUCAUAGUGGAUCGCGAAAUCAACAUUUCGAGGCAAUUCUACAUGUGUUGGACAAAGGAAAUACCCCAGGUGUUCCAAAACUUGAGAGAAUAUUGACAAUAUGUGUACAUGACCUGAAAGAAGACGCGCGGCACGCAGUUUUUUGCUUGAAUAUAAUCACUAAGAUCGUGAAUAAACAUCAGACUGAACUUCCUGCAUCAAAAUUGGCAUUGUCAGCAGAGGCAGUUCUAAACUUCCUUCUAACUGCAGCGGCAUUGAACAAAGCAGAGUCGCUGCAAACUAUUAGCUUCAAUACCCUCCUUGUGUACCCUGACAAUGUGCUGGCGGAGCUGGCAUCUGAAUGCAAUGACAUUUACGAACUGUUCAACUUAUACUGCCAUCUCAAGAUGCCUGUGGAAAUCAGGUUCAAGCCUGUUAACCUAGCUCACAGAGUAAUGAUCAACUUAACUCCAGAAAAGAAAUCAACAUUUGUGAAAAAAGGCCUAGCAGUAUGGUUUUCAAGAGUGAUUCCAACUGCCAUGAACUAUUUCCAAAUACAGACCAUAGGGACCACACCCAUGGUCCUGUCUAUAAUGGAACUAUUGGAAAUGUUGACUGAAGAGCUUGCAUCAAUUGACUACAGUACUAAUCCUCAGUGGCAGACAGUUUUGGAAAAUAUUUACAGCCCAAAUGCAUAUCCAGCUCAAAUGAAAAACCUUUUAACAAGUGGCAGUGUUCUGUGGCAUAGGAUUUGGAUAAUUUUUAUCAAACUGCUCAAAGCUCAAAUAACUAUGAACAAACCUGGAGUUGGCAGCCCUAUCAACUCAAUGUUGCCAGUAGUUGAAAUGGCAUUCAAAAUGGAUAUAAAAAGCAGAUGCAGAGCAUUCGAAUGUUGGAAUGUGUUAAUUGAUAAUUUCUCUGCUGAGACAAAUGAACUAUUUGUUAACAAGAGGAUAAAAUUACUUAUUAUACCUUUGAGAUCGAACAAUGCUAAAGUUGAAGAAACUGCACUUGCCAAACUCGACACCUGGUGGCAUCUUAUAAAGCAAUACGAAGCCAGAGCAGAUGAGAGGAUGCUGUAUCCAUUUUUACACUUUUGCUUUGGAAGACAUAUUCCUGAAAAGACUGUUUUGAUACCCGGGAUGAUUUCACCGACAGUUAAAAAAAAUUGUGUUGAAACAUUUGUUGAAAUGGUUGGCCAUGUUAACUGUGAAGGCUGCAUUUCCAAACCUAGAUUAAAGGGCAAAUUAAUCAGUCCUAAAACCUUGGUAGACCACUGGAGUGACUGGAUUCAUUCACUAAAGAUGGCAAUAAAAGUAUCAGCAGAAGAAGAGGUCGGGAUCGGGAAACAGCCAAUCAUGUGUGCUUGGAAAUCAUUUGUGAUGACCAUAGCUGAAAUGCCAGAAAAUAAUAUCAGAAAAGAUCUUUUUAAUGAUCUUUUAACCAUUGCGAAACUUCUCGCACAGGAAAGCACAAGUAACAACAAGCUUGCAGACAUAGUGAACAAUAUCCUCAUAUCUUCGCUUUUCGAGGAAACCUCACUAAGGCAGCUUCUUAAAACCACGGAGUUUCAAAGCGGACCAAUACAAAUAAUUCUCUCCAUUCUAACGGACCCGACAUUUGUUGAGACUUGUAAAAAGCAUAUCAACCAGAAUUUAGUCAUAAACCUGAAGCUAAUAACCGAAUUUCUCGCCCUGGAGUGCGGCCAUUUAGAAGACAAAGCGAUAAAAUGGCUGAUUAAAGACGUGACGCCGCACGACAGCUCGCUGCAGUUGUGGACUGCCCUGGCGGAAGCAUUGCAGGACUCGAAAUCGAGGCAGGAGGGUUUGCAGCAAAUGUGCAACUUGUUGCUUUGGCCACUGCUGAACUUAGAUCAUUUCAGUAAUAUUCAGGCAGCUGCAUUAACGUGGAAUAAUAUGUACUGCGUAAUGCAUCUAACGACGGUGCAAACCGUCUGGUUCCACAUGGAGAUCGACAGAAUUCUGGCGGAAAACGUGAAUAAAGGAGCCACGGCCACUUUCUUCGUGCUAUGCGUUUUGCUUGCCGUCAUUAAGACCAAAAUAGUCACAAGGACAUGUAGUGUUUUCGGGGGCACGAACAAAACAAAGAAGUUUCAGAAGAUAUGGAAAGAUGAGGGAAUAAACAAAGAAGUCAAGAUGUUACAGGAUGUGAUGUGUAAAUACAAUGAUUAUGAUGAAAUCAAACAAGUAUUUCCUAUACUAAUUGAUACAGUGGACCUCCUAGCGACAGCUGCCACAAAUGAGCGUUUGGUCGGUGAAUAUGUCCAAGAAAUCUUUGUAAUUGGAAGGAAAGCAUUAAAUAUCAUGCUCAAACAUUUUAAGCGUGGCGAUCCUACUGGGGAGGUGCUUUUGGUAAAAGUUAUUGAUGCUUUUGAACAUCUUUUCAAAACUGAAGGUGGAAAUGAAUUCAAAAUCAUUUUAUUGGACGAGUUACUUGUGUGUCAAACUUUAUUUACAACGAUGCCUUCCAAUUUGGAUGCUGUGUUAAAACUAAUUAUGGCGGAUGAGGGCAUUAAUCAAUCAUUAAGAGCAAAAAUUAAGGCAUCUUUUGAAACUGUUGAAAUGAAAAGUAAAAAUGAAACAAAGGAAUCCAAAAAUAAAGUUUCUAAAACUGAAGGUCAGGAUGAAAACAAGUUUACAACACCUGUGCCAAAAAGCGCUAAAAAGGAUCCCAAAAAGAAAGAAGCCAGUAUUAUAAAUACGGUUGUAGAAAAUGGUGAAGAAUUUGCAGUAAUCAAAUCAAAUUGGAAAUUCAAUCCCCGAAAACUAACAGAAAAUCAAAAAGAAAAAUUUAAAAGGAAACGAGAAGAUAUUCCGGCUUUGUAUCAGGACCUAUCGCAGUCACAAGAUGAAUUUAAACUUAAAUCUUGGAAAACAGACUCUCAAGAUGCCUCUACGACAAACAGUAGAUCAGCCAGUACACCGUCUAAUGACAAUAUUUCAACAAUUAAAAACAUGCCCGGCACUGAUAUAGUGCCUAAAAUAAUUGAUAAUUUCUUCUCUGAUGCAUCUAAGGCUACAGAAAAGAACGAAAAUAAACAAACUGACAGCCCGAAACAGAGCAAAGGUGACCAAGCGAAAUCUUCUCCGGCAGUUAAAACUCCGCGAAUGGCUUUGAAAGACAGAGUAUUUCGUAAUGUUAGAAAUUUGAUUGAAAAAUCUACGCUACCGAAAGAAGGAUCACAGAGCAAAGAUCUGUUAAAUCAGACAGUUAAUCCAAACACAUGUAGUACGCCAGUUUCGAAAUUUAAAGAAACUAUAAAUGUAGUUAGCUCGGCGCCUUCAAAAAUAAAUGCUGACCGGCCUGCUCGUGUUAAGAGAAAACCUAAAAAGUUUGACGACUCGGAAAUUUACUUAGAAAAGAAAAGGCGUAACUCUACGACUCAGAAUGACUCGCAGUCAUAUGACAAAAAUGAUGCUUCAGAAGAUGCAACAAAUUUAGCAGAAAAAAAUAAUGAAGAUAUAAAUAGUACUCUCAAAGUUGCCACUGUUUCAGUGAACAACAUGGAAACGGAUACAAGUGAAGUCUGCAAAUCAGAUGCUCCUACUGAUGACCACAAAACUGCGACUACUGUAGAAAAAGUAGACACAGAAAAACACAAAUUACAUACAGAAGUUUCGUCUUCGCCCAUCGAUAAAGCAGUUCAUAAAGAUCCGGAAAGUGAAAAUGGUUCCAACGUAAAUCUUGAGGACACUGUGAAAUGUUCACAAAGCGACACAUCUAUUGAUAAAUCAAUAGAAGAAACACAGCAGCCUGAACAAAAAAAGGAUACCUCAGUUGGCAAUACCUCAACGCCAAAAAAUAUUACUAAGAGAAAAGAUUCUGACGAGACGAAGUCGACUUCCAAAAAGAAAUCGAGAAUUGAAAAAGAACUGGCUAUAGAUAUGGUUGAAGGUCAUCCAUUUUUAAAACUACAAUCAGAUAAGCGAGUGACCAGAAAAGGCUUAACAGAGUCACCAAUCAGCGGCCGUAAAAACCGUUUAGCUGAUAAACUAAAUAAGUCUAAAACUGAACCAAAGAGUACUUCGAAAACUAAAAAAGGGAUAAGCGAUACAGAUGUUCCAAAAGAAAAGUCCAGAAAAAAUGCCAGUGAGAUAGAAAAAUCGCCUGUUACAGUUUGCGAAACACAGGAUGUUAGCCCUGAUGCUACACAAGAUCUUUCUGAAGAUGUUAUAGAGAGCUCUCAAGAUACGACUACAACAAUAUCAGUUAAAUCAUUCAGAAGGUGUGCUGAUAAACCAUCUAGUAGUUCCGAAAGCAUAGAUAAGAAUGUUUUAGAGACACAAGAUUUAGUUGACAAAUCUUCUCAAGAAAUAAAUACAACUGCAGACGUCAUAAUGUCUCAAGAAAUUAAAGAUGACACCGAAUUACCUGCCAACAAGACAGAUGUCCAAGCUAAUGUUAUAAUGGAUUUAACAGAGGAAAUGGAUACGGAGCCUGUAAGCUCUGGAGAUGUAAUAAUUAUCAACGACGACGAUCCUGUAAUUGAUUUAAAUACCGAAUGUGAGCCAGGCCCAGGACCUGAUACACUUGAACUUGCAAACGCUGAUACAGAACCUACAGAUCCCUCCCAAUUUGUAAAUGACACAAAUGCAUUUGAAACUGGACAGAAUGUUAUUCAAGAUACUAAAGAUAAUGAAAAAACUGAUUUGAAAGUUGAUGAGAGUCAGCUCACUACCACAGCCGAUGACAGAACCAUAACCCUUGUUGACAUAACUCAAAAUGAAGAAACUGGCGCUUCAUCUCCCACUAUCGGCGCUGAUCAAAGAAAAAAAGAUUUCUUAAACAACACUUCAGAAAUUUCACCUAUAAAAUCCUUAAGCCCAAUUGAACCUAAGUCACCUGAAUCUGAAAAUAGCAGCGAUUUCUUAGUAAUUAAACUAUCUGGUCCGGUACAAAUGAACGGUGAACCUUUAGAAAUGAGUAAUUCACCUGAAAUAUUUACUGAAGAAAAAACUUCACCUGACAAAAGGGAUCAGUCUCCUCCUCGACCAGAGGUUACAGUUACUAACAGUAGUCCUAGUUCUUCACUGUCUCUGAAGAAAAAUCGGCCACAAGUACGUAGUGGUGGUCGUGCGGCGCAAAUGUUAGGCCUAUGCGUACCAGACAGAUUACAGACAAUAAAGCAUGUUGAAAGACCUGAGCCAGACGAACCUAAGAAAAGCAGUCCCGUAAACACUCCAGCUCGUAGAAACCUUAGAAUGUUGUAUCAAACAGCUCAAUCGGCAGACAGUGGAAGUUCUGACGAAAAAGAAGAAACAGAGAAUUUCCUGAAAUUUAAGAAAGCUUUGCCCAGUGCCGACUGUAGUCCUGCCGGUCCAAUUCUAAAAAGGAAGCUAGCUGAUAUUGCUGACGAAGCCACAGCGUCACCUGCCAACAAGAGAAAACGAGUCAGUUUUCAUGAUCCAGUGUCGACGUCAGUUGUUGUUCAAAAGUAUAUAGAGACAAGUGGAGUACGAUCACCUCAGAAUUCAGCAUUUAAACGACUCGAAAGGCAGUUACGCCACCAGUCUCCAAAAUCGCCAAAGAAAAUUGAUAGUAUUGUUAAUCUCGAGACCGUACUGACUUCAACGGCUGAAAGUUUCGGCAGUAUUGAACAUCCUAGUAAUGAUACAGAAUUGAGCUCUAUAGAUCAGACCCCUGCCGCGGAAAUAGUUAAAACUAGUGAAUUAAAUGAUUCAGAUCCUAUAUUCCCAGAUCUCAUAGAUUGUAAGGAUUCUAUUGAUAAUAUUGCUUCAGAACUAUCAUCUCCUACUAUGAAGGAAUUAUUUGUACAAGAACUUGGAGGAAAUAUUAAAACUGUCGGUGAUCUAGCCAAGUUAACCGAACUCGAAGUACAUAGAACUUGUAUCAAAACUCCUAAAGUACAAGUGGCCAUAAAAGUAUUAGAGGAUUAUGCAUCUAGAAAAAAUAAAAUAAUGAAAGCGAAUAAACUAGUAGAAACAAACAAAGAACUUACAGUGACAACAAGUGAUGGAAGACUUAGAAAAGAUGAAGUAAUGGAGGUAGAUAAAAUACUCGAAACUACUGUAAAUCCAAAUCUUACAGGAACAACGAGUGUAGGAAGUUCUGGAAAAGAUGAUUUAAUGACAGGGGCUAAAGCUAGUGAUCUAGAAAAAGUGACUGAAACUGAAGUAAUUGAAAUUGCUGACAAAACGACAUCACAAGUGACUAAAAAAUCAUCUAAAAAGGCCAAAAAAAUGGAGGCGGAACCAGUGGUUGUUCUAACAAAGGUCACUGAAAAUGAAGUUGACAGAAUCGAUGUCAAAGUUCCUAAAGCACAACUGACUAGGAAAGAUAAAAUAAUGGAAGUGGAUGAAGCAGUGAAGCCAACUGUAGAUGUAGAUCUUAGAGUGCAAACAAGUGUUGGAAUACAAACUAAUAUUAUAAUGUGCGAAACUGAAACACAGACCUCCUUGAUAUUGCAAAGGCUCUCAUCAACACAGACUGACGAAGUAAUGACGAAGCAAACAAGUUCUCAGACAAAUGAGUCAGGCAACAAAUCAACUGAAGAGAUUGUAUCAUCAUGUAUUAAAGAUAGGAAAGACUUCGUUCUUAAGUUAGAAGAACAAUUAGAAAACUCAUCAAAACUGAAACUGGCAGAAUCUCUACCCGUAAAAGACUGUACGGACUUGCUUGUGAAGAAAAUGACCGGUUCAGACGCCAAGAGUGUUUUGAACAGCGUUAUCCAGCGAGGUUGCGAACUACACGCAAACGGCCAGAGCGGAAACAAGGAAUUAUCGUAUCUGCAAAAUUACUUGUGUGACAAAUUUGAUGUUAAAGACUUGAUUUUGUUUUGCAGCCAGAUGAUGCAAAAAGUGUAUGACAAGAGUAUUGCUGAUAAAAAUGUGUGAAGUGUAAUCAGCUUCAAAAUCAUUUCCUCUUGAUUUUAUUUUGUUUGUCUCACAGUAGAAAAUGAUGCCGAUGUUAGUAAUAACUUUGUGGCAGAUUUCUUGAAUGAUUACUGUGUACGUUUUUAAAUCAACUUAAUUAAUUAACAAUACAUUUAAUUUAAUCAUAGUUAUUGUACCUCGUAGUGCAAACGUAUUCAUGUACAUAUUUUACGAUUGGACUGAAUUAGAAACUUUAGUUUUGUUUUAAGUAUCAGUGCCUUUUUGCGCUUUCGUGAUAGAUAGCAGUGUUGGCCGAAAGUUAAUGCGAAUUGAAAAUGUCGGCCAUUAACCAUUAUAAAUUGAACCUUAAACCGUAACGCACGAUUACAGUUUACGAUUCAAUUUAUAAUGGUUAAUGGCCAGCAUUUUCAAUUCGCAUUAACUUUCGGCCAACACUGAUAGAUAGUAUUGUAUGUGCCGGUUUGAUAUAACAAUUUUUGACAUACUUAAUGUACCAAUUGUUUCACUUGCCGAGUUCACUCGUGACAAUUGAGAUACUGAGAUUGUUACUAGGUAUCUAUAUAUUAUAGUUACUAUAUCGUUGGGAGACAACCAACACUUAUUACAUACUACUACUAGUUCAGAGCCAUAGUCUAGUUCAAAGCAAGGAUGAUUAUUGUUUAUUUAUAUAUAUUUUAUUGCAAUUGGUGAGUUUUGGUUUUCACCUGACAAUAUCUAUAGUUAGAUUCAGGCUAAAUACGACUUGUAAGGAAAAAUUAACCAAUUUCAAGGCUAACUAAAGUGUAUUGUUACGCUGCUUUUAGGCAGUGUAAAAAUACCGUUAAUCAAACAUACUUGUACUUGAGACAUCAAUAAUAGAAAAAUGUCAUAUCAAAUAUAAUGGUAUCUUCAGCUACUUGGCAAGCCUAAUAGAUGUCUGUGACUGACUGUUCUAGGUACAGUUAAACAUACACACAGGGGUACACUUUGGUAUACACUCGGUAUAAAUCAACUAAACACAUU